UUUAUAUUAAAUAAAUGUACAACUAUAAUGCCUUCUUCAUGAAUAUUUUACAAAACUAUGUUUUCAACGGUCAAAAAAUAAAAAUAAAUAUAUUAAUGUGAAAAGUUUUUUGUUAUAUUAACAUUAAACUGUUAAUGUGGUGUAUAGGUAAAACAACGCCGCAGCAUGUCAGCCUGUUAUUCUAACACGCUUUCAUCUAACAUUAACAAAUAAAUAAGUUAAGCUGUUGAGUGUAAAUAUAUUGGACUUGAUUAAAACAUAAGUAGACACACUAAAUGUAAGGAACUUAAAUAAAUUCCAUUUACAACAUGAUCGGAGCUAUUAGAUGCGGAAUUAUAUUUGGACUGCUUUUUUCAGAUAUAACAGCUCAAGAUAAGUGCAGUAAUUGCAUAUGUUGUUCCAACAAAGACUGCUUUAGAGGUGGGACAUGUAAAAUUGGUUGCAAAGAUGGGUACUGGGGCAGUAAAUGCGACAACACGUGUACUAGUCACUGUGUAAGAUGUAAAAGGUAUUAUGGCAACCCAUGUUAUGAAUGUCAACCUGGUUACUAUAAAUUCUACUCCAAUGAAUGUCGUAAAUGUGAAUAUACUGGGUGUACCUGUUCUACUAGAUAUCGCUGUGACGGAUGUGUAGAAGGCUACUAUGACCCAAGUCAUUAUUGCCGUAAAUGUCCAAGCAACUGCAAACAGUGCACAAGCUCUAGCUAUUGCAGAUCAUGUAAACAGGAUCGGUAUGGAUCUACUUGUCAGUACCAAUGUGAAACAAACUGUAGAAAUGGCGUCUGUGACUCAGAGAAAACUAUUUGUAAAUGUAACACAGGCUAUGCGGGCAUUCACUGUACCGAUUGCGUCGUGGGGAAAUUUGGAUCCCAAUGUCAAAACACGUGUUCGGCCGGGUGCAUGAGCAAAGAAUGUAAUGGAAAGACUGGAACAUGUUCUUGCAGAAUUGGUUGGACUGGCAGUAAAUGUAACAUAUGUGCACCCAAUUACUAUGGCAAUCAAUGCUCGAGACGCUGCAGACCAGAAUGUACAAAAUGUCACAACUACAGUAGUUGUCAAUCAUGUUUAAUUGGAAGAUAUGGUUCGUAUUGUCAGUACUCGUGUGGGAAAGGAUGUCUUUACAAUAAGUAUGAGAAAUCGAAUGGACAAUGCCUUUGUAAGACCAAUCUGUUCAAUGGUCACUAUUGUGUCUCAUGUGUCGAUGGAAAAUAUGGUCAGGAUUGUAAUAAUGACUGUCCGGGUUCGUGUCAUUCUUGUUCAGAAGCGACAGCCUGUACCUCAUGUAAACCUGGUUUCUUUGGAAGCGUAUGUGAACAUAAAUGUUCUGAAUCGUGUGAAAGCUGCUCCGAAAUGGGACAAUGUUUGACUUGUAAAACAGGGAACACACAUCCCGACAGACAAUGUUUGUGUCAGAAAAACAUGUGUUCUACGCCUGACAGUUGCGACCAGUGUGUAAGUGACGAAUAUUAUCCAGACAGCGGAUCUUGCUGUCCCUGUUCAUUGCUACAACAUUGUAAAUCAUGCAGAGUAACUUCAAAUAUCACUAAGUGUAUUGCAUGUGAAGAAGGAUUUUAUCCAAACGAGAUUGGUGAAUGUAUCAACUGUAGCCUUAUAUGCAUAGCAGGCCAAUGUAAUUCGCUUACAGGAGAAUGUCUGAUAGGUUGUGCUAGCAAUUACUGGGGUCAACUUUGCGAACAUGAAUGCAAAGACUCCUGUAAUACAUGCAACCGAUCUAAUGGCGAAUGUUUUGAGUGUGCUUCAAAACUGACAUAUGGGCUAAAUUGUAACAUAAAUUGCAGUGAGACCUGCGUUGACAAAGAAUGCUAUAUAUCUGGAAAAUGUAUCAAUGGAUGUUUAGAAAAUAACUUUGGAGAAAUGUGUGAUAAUGAGUGCGACAAAAAUUGUAUCUCAAAUGGUAAUGGGACAAGAUGUUCAUCUGAAAGUGGAAAAUGUCUUCACGGUUGCACGCCUGGUUACACAUCAAUUGUUUGUCCUCAAGUUCCUGAAGGUGAAACACAGACCCUUAGUGGCUCACCAGCAGCCGUUUUUAGUGGAGGUGUUGCUGGUGCUGUGAUACUAAUUAUUACAAUCAUUGCCGUAAUCGCAUUCUUUCAUCACAGGAAAAGACGUGCAGAAAAUAGUACCAACAAAACGACAACAUUAAAGACUGAUCAACAUGAAGAACAGCAGGUGGACUCUUCAGCGGUCUAUGCGAUUGUGAAUAAAAACAUUGUUCAAUCCGAUGCUAUUUAUGCGAACACUGUUGACGGUGUCCCACAGAUAGCCGUGAUUUCCAAUCAAAAUUUCCAAAGGCCCUCAGAAAAGAACACUAGUUCAGAAAUGAUUUACAAAGAGGACAAUCUUGAAAUUGAUGAUGAGGACGCCAUUGCACGGAAAAUUGCUAUAAGGUUUGAAGAAAAUGGAGGAGUGUAUUACAACAAUUCUUAUGAGGUUAAUAAAACCAAAGUCAAAGUUGAAGAGUUACCUGCGUAUGUAGCAGGAAAAACGAAAAGCUCGUAUGAGGAAGAAUUUGAGAAAUUUCCAUAUGGUCUAACAAAACCGUACGAAGAUUCACAAAAGGCUAGCAGUAUGUCACGAAACAGAUAUAAAGGAAUUUACCCAUAUGACGGCUCACGUGUGAAGGUUUGGUACAAUGGAUCUGAUUACAUAAACGCAAGCUUUAUUGAUGGUUUCAAAAAACGAAAUGAAUACAUUGCAACCUUAGGUCCGACGUCAAAGCAACUUGGAGACUUUGGAUUAUUUUGGGAAACGGUCUGGCAACAGAAAGUUGAAAAAGUCGUCAUGGUUACCAAUUUAAUAGAAGAAAAUAAAGACAAAUGUGACCAAUAUUGGCCGAAUGUUGGAUCGUCUGCCCGUUACGGGAACGUAAAUGUAACUUGUCUGUCAGAAGAUGAGUACGCUGAAUUCACAAGACGAACAUUUCAAAUAUCUCAGAAUUCCGAAGAGAGAAAGCUUCACCAUUUUCAUUUCACGUGCUGGCCUGACAGAGGUGUCCCGGAAGAUUUUACCUCUCUAAUAGAGUUCCGGCAAUUGGUCCUUAACACCUCGACAAAGCUGAAUGGUCCGACAGUGGUACACUGCAGUGCGGGCGUUGGACGAACGGGCACCUAUUGUGCCUUAGAUAUAUUGACGAAGGAAGGAAAAGCCGAGGGAAGCUUGGACAUCCCGGGAUGUGUACUUAAUAUGCGCCAGAACAGGCCCAACAUGAUUCAAACAGUGGGACAAUAUCAGUUUCUUCAUAAAGCUCUUGUUCACUCACUGACGUUGGACUGUAACCCCGUGAAAGGGGAACGUUAUCAGCAAUUUAUGGACAACUUGAGUGACAACGAUAGAGAGAAUAUGUUUCAGCAAGUACUGUUCACUGCAGAACAAUAUUCAGAAAAAGAAUCUCAGGCAAUUGAGAGAAACAUGAAAAUCACGGGCAAAAACAGAGCAAACGCCGACAUCCCAGGUGACGAAAACAGACCCCGGCUGAAUAAAGGCAUCAAAGAGGGUGGAUCUGAUUACAUUAAUGCUGUUUUUGUAAACGGUCAUUGGAGGAAGAAACGCUUUUUAGUUGCACAAACACCCUUGCCAGAGACAGUCGAUGAUUUCCUAACUCUCAUUUAUCAAGAGUCUUGCUCGUGUAUUGUCAGCUUUGAAACGGACAUUGGUAAUAAUGAGAGCGUUGGCUUAUAUUUCCCUGCUGACAAUCAAGUGCUAAACAAGACAGCGUUCAGUGUGGAAAGUUUACGGCAAGAUGGGAAGGUUUAUAACACAAGAAGAACUCUGAUGUUGAGACAUACGAGCGAAAAUCAGAAGACAAACGAAAUAAGUAUUCCACAGCUAGAGUUCACUGCCUGGGAUAGUUCGAGAAAUACUCCAAGGUCAGCAUCAGAGUUUUUGGACUUCAUUGACGAUGUUGAGGAGGCAUCAAGAGCAUCUACAUCUGGAGGCCCAAUUCUUAUUCACUGCAUUGACGGAGCCAGCAAGAGUGGUUUGUUUUGUGUUGUUUCCCUGCUGCUACAAAAGAUGGCCAUUGAACACGAGGUCAGUGUUGUAAACGCUGUCAGAAAGGUCAAGGCGAGGCGAAGGUUGGCUAUCCCAGUCCAGUCCCAGUUGGAGUUCUGCCAUGAGUGUGUUCUAGCGUACAUCAAGUCUUUUGAAAACAACAUGUACUCAAACUUCGGGGAAACACAUUAAGAUGACAAGAGAGUGUUCUAACCUACACCAAAUCUUUCGAACAUAGCUUGUACCCAAACCUUGGGGUACUUCACGAAGUUGUCAACACUACGUUCUAGCAUUUAUUUUCAGACUUUAGUAUAUUAUAUCUACUCACACUUUGAGUAUUGCAAUGUGUAUUUUUUUUUGGAAUAUAACCUGUUUACAACCCUCGGAAAAUACAUUAAGAUAUCAUCAGUGUGUGCUAGCUCAUAUCAAGAAUUUUAAAAAUAACAUGUUUUCCAACUUCGGGGAAUACAUAAAGAUGUACAUAAAGACUCUUUGAAUGCAAGGAUUCAAAGUUUUGAUAAAUACAUUCAAAUACAAUGAGCGUGUUCCAGUUUGCAUCAAGUAUUUUGAAUGUAAAAUAUUCUCAAACAUUGGGGAAAGAUUUUAUGUCGUUUCUGUUUUUGCAUUCCGAAAACUACACGUAGAGUAUGUUUUAGCAAAUAUUUCGAGGGGAAUUUGCUUGGAGUGUGUUUUAGCGUACAUCAAACCUGCUCUAUAUACAUUAUGUUGUCUAUUUUGUUUUACUUUAAUGUUUAAAACGUACUCACAUUCUCAGAAUUCUCAGAACUCCAACAUUUUAAAUCGAAAUAAUAAACAGAAUGUUUUAUGAGUUUCCAUAUGGUGUUAACAUUUAGUGAAUAAUUAUUGUUUGUUUGUUCAUUAUAUAUAGAACACAAUACUAACAUUGUAGAACUAUCAAAUAGGUUUUACAAUAUUCGUGUACAUGUUCAGAAUUUAUAGUAUACUCAGAAGAAAAAGUUUAGUCAGUAUUUUCAUUUUUGAACUAAGUCUACAAUUUUGAAAAUAGUUUAAGCAAAUACGUCUAAACAACAGAUGGUUGACCUAUUUAUUAUCAAUACAUCGGUUAAUCACUAAUUUGCCACUGCAUACAGUAGUUUUGCUAUUUUUUCGAAAUUCACGUGGUGCACGUGCACACGUUAAUCGGCAUGGUCAUUUUGUCGGCAAAUUUAUCAAAUGAAUAGUAUAGUGGUCACAUUGAAAUAAUCUGGACACAAAAUAUCGAUAACAAUCAUGGGACGUCGCCCAGGCUUAUCAUUAGAUAACAGAAAUAUCGCUUUAAGAUUGCUGGAAGCCGGUAUACGCGUAGCUGACGUUGCACGUCGUUUUAAUGUUCAGGAACGGACUAUUUUUCGUCUGCAAGAACGAUUCAUUCAAACAGGCAGUGUUAAGGACAGGCCGCGGUCAGGCAGACCUCGUAAAACGACGCCACGCGAAGAUCGGUACAUAGUGACGUCAUCUCGACGUCAUCGUUUCAUGGUUGCCCGGAAGAUCGUAAAUCAAUUGAGAAUUGUCACAGGAACCAGAAUUUCGGUUUUCACUGCACGUAAUCGAAGGCUGCACGACUUCGCGCUCGUCGCCCUUACGUUGGCAUUCCGCUGAGUACGCGUCACCGUACAGCACGUCUAAAUUGGGCUCGCCAACGUCUUGGCUGGAUAAGACGGCAAUGGAACAGGAUCGUUUUCACAGACGAAUCCAAAUUUAAUCUGCAAGGGGCAGAUGGCAGGGUGCGUGUAUGGAGACGCAAAGGUGAACGGCUGGAUCCUGCUAACGUCACCCAACGUGAUCGAUAUGGUGGUAGAAGUGUUAUGAUAUGG